AAAAAAUUUACUGCGCCCCCCCGGGGAAGCAAUCGAUCAUCUCUCCCCCUUCAAUUUCCCCCUUUCUCAGAUCGCGCGCAAUUUGGAGCUUGCAGUGAUGAACAUGGACAAUAAUUUGCGACGAUGAUCAAGAGAACCAAUAUGAUCGAGCAACAAACCCUGAGAUAAGUUAGCCUAAUAUGUUAUGGCAUAUUCUCAGCCUUUAUGAAUGUAUACAAGUCUAUGUGGAUAUGAAAAAUCUUAAAAGAUCACGUUCAGGUAAGCUCAUAGCUAACUUGACAAUAUUGUCUGAUUAGUGAAAAAAUUAUUAUUAUUGGCAUUACGAUUACUUGAUAUGCUGAUUGAGCACGAACUGCAAACUUAAGCUUUUGGUUGAGUGUUGGUUGUUUGACACUCAAACGGUUGGCUUUCUGGAUAACAUAGAGAAGCCAUCAGGACUCCUGAAACUACUAUUCUUUCUUUUGUUUGGAACGAGGGAUUUGAUGUUUAAAAUUUUAUUCCCGUCACUCAGUUUUGAAUAUUGCAACAAAGGGAGGCACAAAUUUCCACGGUACUAUGGAGUCUUUACUCAGAAAAUAUCGAGUUCUUGUCUAUUUUCUUGAGUUUGGCUGGCAUAUAUGUUGGUAAUCUUCAUUCCUUGCUAUAUAACUAUCAAAAUUUUGCAAAUGUCUAAAUUUUAGUAAAGAUAUCUGCUACAUCUGACGUUUUACUAACUCCAAGACUUGCUAUCAGUAAUAGCAGCUCUCAUUUUCACUAUGAAUACAUGUAUAAAUUAUUUAGAUGUAGGAUAUGUUUACGUACUGGUUGAUUCACUCCAUAUUUUCUACAGUGAAACAAUGGAAGGCAAUUUGGGAGGUCAGGCUGGAAUUCCUAGACCAACACCAAAUCCUCAAUCUAACCCUUUUGGAAAUGCUUUUUAUGGAGCUGGUUCUGGAUUAAUCCGAGGUGGACUUGGAGCGUAUGGCGAGAAAUUUUUGGGAUCAAGCUCUGAGUUCAUGCAAAGCAAUAUUAGUCAGCGCCUAUCUGAUCCACAAUACUAUUUCCAAGUGAAUGGGCAGUAUGUGAGAAAUAAGCUUAAAAUGAUUUUGUUCCCAUUUCUUCACAGGGGACACUGGACGAGAAUAACUGAUCCAGUCGGAGGAAGGCUCUCAUACAAACCUCCAAUUCAUGAUAUAAAUGCUCCAGAUCUUUAUAUCCCUUUCAUGGCUUUUGGUACCUACAUUGUUCUCACGGGAUUCUCACUCGGUGUUUUUGGAAGGUUCACUCCAGAAGCUCUGAGCUUGCAGUUCACCAAAGGAUUAGUAGGCUGGCUCAUCCAGUUCCUUCUCCUGAGAGGCCUUCUCUAUUUCAUGGGCAGCGGCGAGGCUCCACUCCUCGACAUCGUAGCCUACGCUGGUUAUGCUUUUGCCAGCAUGUCCCUUGCUAUUUUCGCCAGGAUCGUCUGGAGACAUUCCUAUUAUUUUGUAUUUCCAUGGAUGUGCAUUUGUGUGGGGAUUUUCUUGGUGAAGACCAUGAAAAGGGUUCUUCUGGGAGGGCCGAGGAACUAUGAGAAGCACUCGAGCAUGCAGCAUUACUUGCUCAUCUUCAUGGCUGCUGCUCAGUUCCCCCUCUUGUUCUGGAUUGGGAAUUAAUCUCGGCCCUUGAAUCCUCCUUGUGGUUCUUCUCCAUUUCUAGCCAAUUUCUCAAUGAAAUGACAUUUUUUUUAUUCUCUAGGAUUCUUAUGGAGUCUCUUUUUUUUUCGCUCCAACAAAUCAUUUGGAGCUCGAUUUACUUUUAUAUUUGUUCUGUUUAGCUCUCCAAAGGAGAAAUGAUUAUCAGUAUCAUUGUUUUCUUUGUAAUUAAAAAAGAACUAUUUUUGUCGAUC